AUGAGUAGCGGGCCCCAAACUCCGAUGACCCCCGAUGGAGUCGACCACCACGAGGACGACCAACUCGAGAGUGAAGACGAAGGUCAAAAUGACACCACAAUGCAGGAUGAAGGCGACGGAGGUGAACAACGGACUUUACAGAACGGGAAGUCGUAUGUCUUGUCCGACGAGACGACAGACUACAGUAUCUUCUCAAAUCCUCCAGAUCUGGGUGAGAUGCGAAAAAGACUUCACGACCUUGAAGAGCCCAUUGAGCUUCCAGUCGCGGACUUCGAAGCCUACUUCCCCUUUGUCGACAACAUCUGGCGUAAAAUGAGAUCCGGCGAACAGCCUGAGACCAGCGUUCGAACAGAGUACUAUGCUUGCCGACUACGGAAGAGCGGCAACCAGAAGCCUCAUGUCCCUCGUCCCACCCCUGAGGGCAAACAAGCAAGGAAGAAAAGAGCCCGAGACGACAAGACAUGCUCAAUGACAAUGAAGGUGGUGUAUAACCCGGGCUCGGCUCAGAGCUGCACUAUCUCGAGGGCCGUCGAAGCGUUCCAGAAGCAUACGCACGACCUGGACUACAUUGAUUCUACCAAGCGUAAUUCUGGCAUCAUGGAUACUGCCCGUCGAGAAGCAGUUCGAGGCUUCUUGCCAGCCUCCAUCUACUGGAAGAUGUGGGAGGAGCCAGAGAAGAUGUAUGCCGCCGGCGGAAAAUUCAUGAAGGUCUCAGAUGUCAGAAAUGUCCAAUAUGCUUGGAGACAAGAUAACCAGAACGUCGUCCUCAAGGCACAUACUGGUUUCACCCUGACUCGCGCCCCGCGACAGCACCAUGCCACUCCACCAAAGCCGCUCCCACCUCCUGCGCAACCUGGUGUCUUUGGCAGAUUGGAACCGAACAAUACGGAACCGCCCAGACCUGACGCGCCUCUAGCACCCACAGACACGUUGCAAUAUCCUCAACACGCGAGGUCUUUUCUAGAGCGAUACAUGCCAGAUCCAAAUGCUGUCGCAAGUCGUGGCCGACCUCACAUUACCCUGACCUGGGCAAGCAGUCUUGAUAGUAAGAUAACUCUGGUUGCGGGCACCUCCACCGCCAUUUCUGGUCCAGAAACCAAAGCUAUGACGCACUAUCUCCGAAGUCAACAUGAUGCCAUACUCAUUGGAGUCACCACUGCCAUGGUUGACGAUCCCGCUCUGAACUGCCGCCUCGCCGGUCCUAAUGGGUAUGGUGGCCUUCCCCGAGAGCAGCAGCCUAGACCCAUUAUCAUCGAUCCGCAUGCUCGCCUGAUCAUCAGGCCAGAACUCAAAGUCCUGAAGAAUGCAGCUGAGGGUCGAGGGAAGGGGCCGUGGGUGGUGGUAGCUCCCGGAGCAAUGUUACAUCCUGUGGCUGUGAGCACCUUGAAAUCUCACGGUGGUGAAUACCUCAUGAUCAAUGAUUACAAUCCUCAAGCGGGUGGGUUGAAUUGGGCAGGACUCUUCAAUGUACUCUAUCGCGAAGGCAUCAGGAGUGUGAUGAUAGAGGGCGGUGGAGCUGUACUUUCCGAACUACUCAAACUACGAUAUUCCCACAUUAUCGAUUCGGUCAUCAUGACCAUUGCACCGACGUUCUUUGGCAAAGGAGGAGUGCCGGUCUCACCUGAUCCAACUUUUGAUUAUUCUGGAAGGCCUAUUGCGACACGGCUGAGAAAUGUUCGGUGGCAACCAAUGGGAGAAUCUGACGUGGUCCUCUGUGGUCAGAUGGCCAUUGAUCGACCAGGCAAUGGCAUCCUACAGGGAAUUGAGGAGUUUUCAAGGGCUACGCCAGACGGACCUAAUCAGCACCAGAAGCAGCCGCAAAUGCAGGCCCAACCACCACCGCCGCCUCCUAACCUUCCCCCAAACCACCAGACUCAGCAGCAGCAGCCACCGCAACCCGCGGUUCCCCAUAGUGUUGCUCAACAAGUGGCAGCUCCCCCAUCACAGGGACCUUCACCUCAGCCUGCCCAGGAGCAGCCAACGCCAUCACAAGCCUCACCGGCAACUUAG